GGUAUCCCUGGUUCAUAUCAUCAUAUAUAAAUAAGGGAGUUUGGUAAAGGAGCAGAGGUACAGAAAGCUCUUGGGUUUUGCUCAUUCACCGCUAUUCCAAUUUUGACCUCCUCCUUUAUUUUUCCACUAUCAUCUAUUAUCUCAUCAUCUAACUUUUCAAUUCAAUUCAAUUAAAUUAUUAAUUAUAAUCAAACAAAACAAUACUGAUCUUCGCCGGCGUAAUUCCGGCCCUGGCAACGGUCCCGGCAGAGAAGAUAUUUUGUUGUUAGAUCAGUUUUUUUCUCCAUAUGACUGAAACUAGGAUGAUUCAAACCCUACGUUAUUACCUCUCUGAACAUCCUUCAAUCGUCGGAUUCCGAUGGACUGAUAGCCAAUCAUGGGGCAACACGUGGGUUUUCCUGUUCAUAUCGAUAUCGUCCUACAUUAUUUUAUCAGUUUUCCUCCAUCUCUUCCUCCUACUCGUCUUCCGUCACCGUCGUCCUCUUCCUCUCGGUCCGAUCCCUGCCGUUCACUCUCUUUCCAUGGCGUUGAUCUCGUUUACUAUAUUCGCCGGAAUCCUCCUCUCCGCGGCGGCAGAGAUCCGUGAUACACGCUGGUUCUGGCGUAGGUACAAAACGACGCCGUUUCAAUGGCUGCUCUGUUUCCCUAUCGGUACUCGCCCAUCGGGUCGGGUUUUUUUCUGGUCAUACAUUUUCUACCUAUCUCGAUUCCUUCACACUUUGCGUACGUUUUUCACCAUCAUACGUCGUCGUAAACUCUCCUUCUAUCAGCUAUUCAAUCACUCAAUUCUAAUUUUCAUGUCAUUUUUAUGGCUUGAAUUCUCACAAUCGUUUCAAGUUCUUGGUAUAAUUUUGACAACAUCAAUUUACUCAGUGGUUUAUGGUUACAGAUUUUGGACUGCUGUUGGAUUACCCAGUAAGUGUUUUCAUUUUGUGAAUCACUGUCAAAUUGUGUUGUUGAGUUGUAAUGUAAUUUGUCAUAUUGGAGUACUUUUGCUUCAUUUCUUAAGAGGUGGAUGUAAUGGAAUUGGUGCUUGGGUUCUCAAUUCAGUACUCAAUGGUGCUAUUCUCUUCUUCUUCCUUAACUACUAUGUCAAAUUGCAUUUGGAGGAGAAGAGAAAAAUUAGAGCUGCUAAACAAAUGCUCAAAGACAAGGAUAAUUGAGCUAAGCUAGUACUAGUUCUAAUAAUAUAUAUAUUUCUUUAGAUUUUUGUAAA